UUGAUUGAUUGAUUGAGUGAGUGAUUGAUUGAUUGAUUGAUUGAUUGAUUGAUUGAUUGAUUGAUUGAUUGAUUGAUUGAUUGAUUAGGCUAAAUGUACAUGUUUCCUUCGUGCCUCCAUUACUGUGUGCCUGCAGGGAAACUAACCCUACCUUAAGUCAACCUUUUGUCCUCAAGUGACGUCAGUACAUUUCAUAAGACCAUGUAACCUUGGCACACCUGAUUGUGAGAAUUUGACCAUCAGUAUGAACAUUGUAAUUAUGUUCCUGUCAAACCUCAAGCACCAAAAACUUGUUUUGUUGUAAACUCCCUGUUUGGUAACAGAUAAUUAUCACAUUCUCGAUUGACUAGAUUAGUUUGAUGUUGAAAGCUAGACAUGAUGACACACUAUAAAUAUUCAGAGGUUUUUAUGACUGAGUUAAGUGUCUUCAAGAAGAAUUCAUAUGAUAAACUUAACACAGAGUCUGUUUCCCCUUUUUGUUGUUUUAAUCCAGUACCAGAGGAGGACUCACCAUGUGGCUAAAAGGUUUUAUAAGUAACCAUGUCAACAUGAAACUUCUGAAGACCUGUCUCAUCCUCCUCCUUGUGUAUGUGUUGUUCUUUGUACUAAGAAGCAUGGACCUGCUGCAGAUUCAUUUUGAAGAAAACUCUAUCAUCUUCCUGAAGAAAGUGACCUCCGCUCCUUCCACUGGUCCUGUGUUGGCUCCUUACAUGCCUGACAACUUCUGCACCAUCAAGCCACUGUCUUCUGCAGAUGCUGAGGAGGAACGUCUCAUAUUGGACUCCAUUGCUUGGCCUGAAACUCCUCCUCUGCCAGCUCCUUUUUCAUUGAGUCAGACAAGUAAUGCCGCCCACAGCACCUUCAUCAUUCUCCCAGGGGGGAUUGGAGACGAGCGGCAUGUAGGAGACCAGCUGGAAGUUAUGAUAAAAAUGUACGACUUCCAAGGUAACCCCAAGAAGUCUGGAGGAGAUGCAAUUGUUGCCCGGUUGCACAACAGGGCACUUGAAGCAGGUGUGGCUGGACGAGUGGUGGAUCUCCUUAAUGGCUCCUACUCUGCUGUAUUCCCUUUACUCUGGGAAGGAAGUGCACAGGUUGAGGUGACCCUUGUCCACUCAAGUGAGGCUGUCACAGUUCUACGUAGGCUAAACAGAGAUCAUCCUGAUAGGGUUCGCUUCCAAAGCGUCUUCCGCUCAGGCUCAAUCUCUGAAUCUACCAUCUGUAAUGUUUGCCUACGUCAAACCAGCCAGCCACAGUGCAACUACACUGACCUCCAUACAGGUGACCCGUGGUUCUGCUACAAGCCAAGGAAUCUGAGCUGUGAUGCCAGGUUUAACCACAUGAAAACAGGAUAUAAUAGUGUACUCAAGACCGAAGAGUUGAAGCUCUUUCAAAGGAAUGUCAACCUGAAAGUCUUCAUUCCGGCUUCAGGACCUGCCAGUGUCAUUGUGUUGCCACGAAGGAAAGGGCAACCUGCGGUCAAUCAAGACAGUGGGAAGUCUGGACUCUCUGGGUAUUACUACCAGGGUGUGUGGCAAUCACUAGGUGGCUCUAACGUUCAACAAUUCAACAACGACUCUGCAAUCAGCCAGUGUUUGAAAAGCAAGGUGGUCCACAUGUAUGGAGACUCAACCAUCAGGCAGUGGUUUGAGUACCUUGAUGCUUCUCUUCCAGAGGCUAAUGCAGUAAACCUGAACAGUCCGAAGCCAGCAGGACCUUACAUGAUAUGGGAAAAUACAAACAAAAUCAUGGUAACAUACCGCAUUCAUGGUCUUCCUCUUCGGAUUUCAAUAAUACCAACCAGUAAGGAGUGUUACGUUUCCAAAGAACUUGAUACGCUGGUUGGUGGUACCAACACAGUUGUAGUUUUAGGAAUCUGGGCCCAUUUCAGCACUUUUCCAAUUGAACUUUACAUCAGACGGCUUCAGAGCAUCCGCAAGGCAGUGAUCCGUCUGUUGAAUAGGGCUCCUGGCACACUGGUGGUCAUCAGAACUGGGACCCUCCAAGCUAUGCACGUUGGUAAUGUGAUAAGCAACGGUGACUGGUUCUCGUUUCAGGUGGACAAGGUGCUCAGAGCCGUGUUCACAGGACUUAAUGUCCAACUGGUGGAUGCAUGGGAUAUGGUUCUUGCUCACCACUUACCACACAACAUUCAUCCAAAACGUCCCAUCAUUAAGAAUAUGGUUGAUGUUCUAUUGUCCUACAUAUGCCCACAAAAUAAGAGAUAGCUGUUCAUUUAAUGAAGGAAUUUUAACAAUUCAGGAAAAAUGCAGCUCUUGUUGGUAAAACUGAAACUGAAGCAGUUUUUCUGCUUCUUGUGUGUUUCUAUCAAAUUAUUUAUUUUUCCUAAAGCAGACUAUACAGACAAAGCAAGUAUUACUUUGAUCCAUCUUUUUAACAGAGAAUUGUGAGUAAAAAAAACGAGAGCAAACCGGAUUGCAAUCAGUUUGAAGUCAAAUAGCUCUAAUAAA